AUGCCUAUAAUAGUCAAAGAUUAUGUUUGGUCGCAAAAUGAAGAGUCCGUAUUUGUUCAUCUAUCACUGCGAGGAGUGCACCCUUCCAAGGUAGAUAUUUUUACUUGUGAUAAUUACAUAAAGGUUAACUUCGAAAAGUAUUUGUGCGAAAUAUUUCUCCACCAAAAUGUCAUCGAUUCCGAAAGUAAGUGCUUGCUCGAUGAUAAAGAUGUUUCCUUCGAAUUGCGGAAAGAGAUACCCGAGGAGUGGUCGGCGCUUGAAGCUGACAUUCCUAAAAGUGAGAAAUUGAAGUUAAAGGAAGAGAUUAUUAAAAAUAGAAUGAUCAAAGAAGAAGAAUUGAAAAAAGAGAAAACCAAACGCAAGCAAGAAAUCAAAAGCUCAGCCACGCAAAGCCAGAUUUGGGAGGAUGGACAACUACGUCAACAGAUCGACUUGCUGCGGAAGAAACAACAAGAUGAGUUUUUUAAGGACUCUGAAAAUCCAACCGUGGAAGAAAUAUCUGAAGAAGAAGAGAUGCCUAUAGUCAUUAAAAAGAAGAAGAAGAAGAAGAAGAAGAUACCACCAAACUUUGAGGGUUUUUGGCCACCGGCGCCAAUGGUGGACACUUCUAAGGUACCAGAACCGCGUGCAAGUGGAACAAUAAGCGUCGACUUCACUAGAAGAGAGUUUCCAACGCCUAGUCGAGAAUGCUCAGCAGAAAUGGAAUCGGAAUGGCUCAAGAAGCAAGUUGAAGCCCAGAGAGAAAUGGGUUUUACAUCUGCUGAUCUACGUCCUGAAGAAAGGAAUCCGACUUGGUUGAAAGAAAAGGGCGACGAUUUCUUUAAUAAACAGAACUACAGGUCUGCCGUGAAUGCCUAUACAGCCGGCAUUCAGAUCAAUUCUAAGAUGCCUGCAUUGUAUGCAAACCGAGCAUCGGCGCAGUUCAACUUGCAACACUUCAAUCGCUGUAUCGAUGACUGCACGAAGGCAUUAGAACUCUUAGUCCCAGCAUGUGAUGCAAAUCUUAAGGCAAGAGCUUCUUGUAUAGCCAGAAGAGGAGCAGCACUGUGCCAAGUAGGCUAUCUUGGACAAGGAAUUGAAGAGAUGAUGUCUGCUUUAAAACUAGAUCCUUAUAAUACAGAGUUAAAAACUGAUAUUGAAAAGGCUAAAAACAAAUUUCACAACAAAGAAGAGUAG